UCAGAACAUGAGCAAGCAAUUCCAUGCGGCAUUUGGCUGUUCUUGGCUCCAGACAGCCGCGCGCCCAUCUUACCCUGAUUCAUCUUAUUUUACAUAGCCGCUUGUGCAUGAUGUGGCACUUGAUGCAGAUUGCGCUCUUGGUAGUCGUGAAGUCGGACCAGCCCGAGCAGGCGUGCGAGGGCCCCCAGGCAAGCAGUGCAGGUGCAGUGCUGCUUCAGGCGUCCACCAACCGCACGCAGCUAGCAUCUGAGCGGCAAGUAUCCUCCCGCAUCCAGCAGGACUUGGAGGACAUCCAGGCCUCCCUGCUGGAGAGAUCCCACGAAGGUGUGCAUGAGGUCGUUGAGCAGGAGUUGGAAGAUGCGGUUCAGGGCAAGAACAGCCGGCGUCGCCGUAGCCGUCGCCGGACCACCACCACCACGACCACGGUGGACUGUGGCUCCAGCGUUGACUAUGUCUCGAUUGCCUGGCAAGUGGCUUCGGGAUUCUGCUUGGAGGGCUCGAACAGCGGCGGAUCCACCUACUUGGACACGAGCUCCUGCUCCUCCAUCACCAACGGCCGAGACAGGUUCUCCUUUGUGGACCAGGGCGACGGUUACUGCAAGCUGCAGUCACAGUACGCCACCCGCCGCCGCAGCGCCAAGGGCAAGUCUGUGACCUGCGCCACCAACUCGAAAGCCGUGGUUUUCUGCACUGCCCAGGGCUCCCAGAGCUACACCAAGUUCAAGCUGGAAGAUCUGGGAAGCAAUCGGUUUUCAAUGUACUGGUACGACAGCUCCGGAAACUCCGCCAUUGCCAAGCGGAAUCCUUAUGGAAUUCGGAUUCAGGACUACUCCAGUUCCGAUGAGCCGAAGUUCAAAGUCUACAAAAACGCGGUCUACAGCAGCACCUGCUUACUUACGAAGAACGAUCUUGGCCUCACCUGCUGGAAAUGAGUUGGUGCAUGGCUGAGCGUGUUUUUUGCCUCUCCGGCUUUGGGAUCUGGUAAGGGAUCCGUGUUUCAAGCCUCACCAGCUGCGGGAGCU